CAAGUUGUCAGGGUGCAUGUGUUCAGUUGAUGACGACCCACGACUUGCGCCACGCCUUCCUAUGUUAUAUCCAUCCAUAACCUUAUUCAACCUUUAAUGCUCAUUAACAUUCCUUAGUACAUCUAUUAACUGUACUCAUUACAAUUCAUCAUAAUUCUUAUUUCAUCAGAUCUCAAACUUUUCACUACCUAUUUCUAGGUUCGACGAUGCCUACAUCAUCCUGCUAGUUGGUAGUUCUUCAUUAUCCGCAAUUGAUCUAUCAUUUAGAAAGCGAUCCAUUUAAUCUCGUUUAAAUCGUCGUCAUGUCGGAAGACGAAGCAUCGCCGUUGCUUUCGGCCGCGUCAAAGGGGAAAUCAAGGGUUCGCAAUCAACCUGAUUCCAGCGAGUCGACCCCCCUCCUCUCGAGCUCCUCAGCAACGCCACGUUACGAUGGAGAAGAAGAUGAGCAUGAUGGAGACAAUAACGAUUCGAGUCCAGCCCAGCCCACCGAUACGUCCCCCGCUUCCAGUUCGACUAAGAAUUCUAGGAGAUGGGCAUCGUUUAUUGCCAUGUUUAUAUUGGCGGGGAGCAUUAUCGCGAUCAUUGUUCUUGCAUUUGUCGUUCCUCAAGCCGUGCAAGAGUAUGCUCAGCAAGCCGCCGUUAUUGAACCCACCAAUCUCACCCUCGAAUCCAUUACCAAGGACGGUGUUCGGGCUCGGGUGCAGGCCAAUUUUCAUCUAGAUGGCUCUAGAGUUAGUAGUGAUCACGUACGAAGAGUAGGAAGAGCCGUUACGUGGGUCGCAGCUCAACUUGAAAGCGAGCAGACAAGGGUCGAUGUGCGCAUUCCGAAAUAUAACAACGUGCUAUUGGGAAGCGCAAUCGUUCCGCCUCUAUUGAUCAACUUGCGGGAGGGUGACGUAACAAAGUUUGACAUCGUCACGGAUAUAAUACCAGGCGACCCGGAAGGCAUUCGCAUAAUUGCGAACGAAUUGUUCGAAGGCAGAUUGGACAAGCUGCGCCUGAACGGACAGGCUGAUCUUAGUCUCAAAUCUGGAAUUGUUCCUCUGGGGACGCAUGCCAUCUCGGAAUCGAUUGUAUUUGAAGCUAACAAGGUUCCCGCGGUACCCAAAUAUAACAUUACUCGUUUUAAAGUCGAUGAUGGCCCGAUGAAGGGGUCUAUGCUUGCCGAUGUAUCCUUGACCGCGUUCAACGAAUAUCCAGUUGGGCUUAAUAUUCCCGAGCUCGCUUUUGAUAUCUUAGUACCCGGUUGCGCUAGUUCAGAUCCCUUCAUCCUAGUAGCAGAAGCGGCAACAAGCGAGGUUCGUUUGGAACCACGAUCUGAUGUCGUUGUUGACGUUAAAGGAGUUAUUCGCGAAUUACCUGAUUCUUUAACCCACGUUUGCCCCGAUUCUACUUCCUCACCUUUGGAUAAAAUUCUUCGACAGUAUAUGCAUGGCGAUCCUGCUACAUUAUUCGUCCGUGGGAGCCGUCAUCCGGAUGGGGACACGCCGAAGUGGGUUGCAGAUAUACUAUCUAGCGUAACAGUACCUGUCCCGUUUCCUGGGCGUACCUUAGACGGUCUACUGAGGAAUUUUUCCUUAACUGAUGUUAACUUUGCUCUACCUGACCCCGACGCUCCAGACUCUAACCCGACGGUUUCGGGGACUAUUUUAGUUACCGCAAGCAUCCCUUCCGAAAUGAACUUUGGUAUAAAUGUGACAAACGUGCGUGCUACGGCGGAUGUGCUUUACAAGUCGCAUAAAAUGGGAGAAUUAAAUCUGCGAGAAUGGCAGCAUGCGAAUUCUACUAGGGUCGAAGGCAAAGGAGACGAAGGGCCUAUGCUCAAAAUCCAGUCCCGCGUCGUCGACGCGCCCCUUAACAUUACCGAUAGCGCGGUCUUCGCGGAAGUGAUCAGUGCGUUAUUAUUUGGCACUGAGCCGGUCCGUCUACAUGUUGACGCUCUGGUCGAUAUCAGAGUGCAAACCACGCUAGGAGACCUGGUUUUAAAGGAGGUUCCUGCGGAGGGCAAAAUUCCAGUAAAACCCCUUCCUAAGGGUGCCAUCGGCAGUAUCGAACCCAAGGUCGGAUCCCUCAGGAUUUUGGACACGACAUCAGACUCGAUAACGUUGCAAGCCUUGAUCAAUGUUACCAAUCCUACGCUUUAUACAGCUCAUGUGCCAUAUGUGAACAUUCACGUUCUGAGCAAUGAUUCUAUUAUCGGAAGCGCUACAGUAGAGAAUCUAAGUAUUGACAAAGGUCCCAACUCCGAUAUACUUGUCACCGCAAAAUGGAAUCCACCAAUGGGUGGCGCCCACGGUCGAAAAGUCGGGCGGGAACUAAUAUCGCAGUACUUGUCGGGCUGGAAUACGAGCAUUACUGUAAAACCGCAUCGAAACAGCAUUCCAGGCCAGCCCAUCUUAUGCGAAGCCUUAUCGAAAUUUAACAUGACACUUGCCGCCCCGAAGCUAAAUUUACCUGGAGAUACCGCCGAAGAAAAAUCUCACUUUAUACGAGACGCGACUUUCCACUUCUUUUCGUCAACAGCCACAUUUACUCUUGUAUCACCGCUACAGUACAACACGUUAUACCUAGAUUUUGUCAACGCCACGGCGCUAUAUAACCACACCGAGCCGAUAGGACAGAUCGUGUAUGAUUUGCCGUUUUCGGCACCACCUGGCAAGUCCCAAACGCCGAAACUACCAGUUGCAUGGUCCCUAGACUCGGUUGGCUACGACGCCGUAAGGAAAGCGAUUGGCGGUAAACUGAAACUAGACGCACACGCCACCGUAGAGAUGCGACUGGGGAACUGGAGGGAAUCGUUGUGGUACCAAGGUAAAGGGAUUGGUGCGAGUAUACAACUAUGAUGCUUUUUAAUGAAUACGGGCUGGCGUUCUUAGGGAGUUAGGAAGCGUUAAUAUGGGAACUUGAACGGGGAAGGCGGAAUUAACUACUACUUGAUUAUGAAGACACAGGACACAGGAUGAGAGUGAUAGAUCUAAUAUAUAUCAUAUGAGCCUCCUGA